AUGUCCGCUCUCGCUCAAUCUCAGCGACAGAGAACACCACGGGUGCUGGUGUACACCGCCACCAGGGGGUAUCGACACGAUUCGAUCCCGACUGCUAUUGAGGUGCUGGGGAGUAGGGCGGCAGAUGCUGGUGUGCAGUUCAGCUUCACCGAGGAUCAAGGACAGUUCACCGAUUCUAAUUUGGCUGGAUUUGACUGCCUGAUGUUUGUGUCCAAUUCCGAUCAAGUCCUGGAUACAAGCGGUGAAGCAGCUCUACAGAACUACUUCAGAUCAGGUGGAGCCUAUGUUGGCCUCCAUGCCGCCUCUGCCUGUCUGCAACAAAAUACCAAUUAUCAGCAGGCUGUUGGGGCUAUCUUUGACUAUCACCCGGACCUCCAGCCCGCGACCUUCUUGAGGGUGAAUAAGACGCAUCCUGCGACCGCUAAUGUACCGGACGAGUGGCGCUUUACUGAGGAAGUGUACAAUUUCCGGAGUGACCCGAGGAACAACGGGGCACAGCUGUUGCUCUCCGUGAACGAGUCGAGCUACACCACUUGGUUCAUCGAAUCGCCACAAUCCGCUCAGCCGCUCAACUCCGGUGCGCCCAAAGCAGGACGGUCAUUCUAUACCUCGCUCGGACAUUCCAACGAGACAUGGCGGAACGCAACCUUCCAGUCUCACGUUCUUGGCGGCCUGACCUGGGCACUGGAUGGCGCAAGUACAAGGUCUUACGGGGUUGGACUUGUCGGGAACAACACUGGAGGCGCCGCUCAGUCUGGCUCAUCUAACUCCGCGUCGCGGACGGCGUCAGCAUCAGCAUCAGGCGGGACCGGAGCGUCUUCGGGAUCGAUAGCGCCUUCCGGGACGGCGAGCUCUAGUGCCGCGGCCGGUCAGAGCAGUCGGGCCGCAGCUGAAGGGAGAGUUAGAGCUGGAGGUACGCUCGGAGCGGUGGCCGUCGGGGCCGGAGCGGUUGCGCUGGGAGCGAUGCUGGCUUGA